UGCGCGGAGACCAUUUCCUCUCGGCAAGCAGAAGGCCCCUCUCUCUUGUUGCCUUGCCACACACACACACAACAAAUAAACACACAUGAUCUACAGGGCGCACACUAGCGUCAAGUCCACGCAGCGAUUUUGGGAUUGUCGACAAUUCAAACCGCAGCAGCCGAACCUGGAUGCCCCCCGCCGCAGUCCCCCCCAUGGACCACCGUCGCUAGUUGUCGCAGCCCGCUUGGUCGAUGCUUUUUCUCGGGCACUGAUGGUACCAGCUGAACAGUGAGCGCUACCUGCCAGAGGACACCCGCCCACUUCCUCUCAUCAUGUCUGGGAUUCAUGCACCGUGGUCGACGGGCACAGAGUGCGUAGCCAAGUACAACUUCCAGACGGCCAACGAACAGGACCUACCCUUCUGCAAAGGAGACGUGCUGACCAUCAUCGGAGUCACCAGGGAUCCUAACUGGUACAAAGCGAGGAACAUUGUGGGCAGAGAGGGAACCAUUCCGGCAAACUAUGUCCAGAAGAGGGAAGGAGUCAAGUCGGGAGGGAAACUCAGUCUGAUGCCAUGGUUCCACGGGAAGAUCACCCGUGAGCAAGCUGAGCGUCUCCUCUACCCUCCCGAGACGGGGCUGUUUCUUGUGCGUGAGAGCACCAACUACCCAGGCGACUACACGCUCUGCGUCAGCUGCGAUGGCAAGGUAGAGCACUACCGCAUCAUUUACCACAACGGCAAGCUCACCAUCGACGAGGAGGAGUACUUCGACAACCUCAUGCAGCUGGUGGAGCACUACACCAAAGAUGCCGAUGGCCUGUGCACCAGCCUCAUCAAGCCCAAGUUGAUGGAGGGCACUGUGGCAGCGCAGGACGAGUUCUCCAGAAGUGGCUGGGCCCUAAACAGGAAGGAGCUGAAACUCCUGCAGACCAUUGGUAAAGGAGAGUUUGGGGAUGUGAUGGUGGGUGACUACAGAGGGACCAAAGUGGCGGUCAAGUGUAUCAAAAACGACGCCACGGCACAGGCUUUCAUCGCAGAAGCCUCAGUCAUGACGCAAUUGAGACACAACAACUUGGUGCAGUUGCUGGGAGUCAUUGUGGAGGAGAGGGGGAGUCUCUACAUCGUCACAGAGUACAUGGCCAAGGGCAGCCUGGUGGACUACUUGCGUUCCCGAGGACGGACUGUGCUUGGUGGCGACUGCUUACUGAAGUUCUCUCUUGAUGUGUGCGAGGCCAUGGAGUACCUGGAAGCCAACAACUUUGUCCACAGAGAUCUGGCGGCACGCAACGUGCUGGUGUCGGACGACCACAUCGCCAAGGUCAGCGACUUUGGCCUGACCAAGGAGGCCUCCUCCAUACAGGACACCGGCAAGCUCCCCGUCAAGUGGACAUCCCCUGAAGCUCUGAGGGAGAAGAGGUUUUCCACCAAGUCUGAUGUCUGGAGUUAUGGAAUAUUACUCUGGGAGAUCUACUCCUUCGGCCGUGUGCCUUACCCUCGAAUUCCGCUGAAAGAGGUGGUGCCGCGCGUGGAGAAGGGCUACAAGAUGGACGCCCCCGACGGCUGCCCGCCGGUGGUGUACGACCUGAUGAAGCAGUGCUGGACCCUCGACGCGGCGGUGCGGCCAUCCUUCCGCAUGCUGAGGGAGAAGCUGCAGCAUAUCCGAGCCAAGGAGCUCUACCUGUGAAGCGACGGGGGUGAUGAUGAUGAUGAUGUGGGGAGGGGUUGAAAAACAAGGGACCACAGUGAGCUUUCCUCCCACAACCCCCAGACACCUGCCAGCUUCCCUUAAAGGACCCACUUCCUGUUCGUGUUGUAAAGCUUUCGCCCAGUUCACUGCUCUUUCCCUUCUGCUUCCUCUUCCUCUCCACCUCUGUUGAACACGGCAUUAAGUGGAGGGGAGGCUGGCCUUUUCCUCCACGUUUGUCAGGUGCUCGCUUUACAACGCCGCCCCCUGCCCAUCCCCCCACCCCUCUUGUAUGUCCCACUGCCGCUUUCGUCGCUCGCUCUCCUCUCUCUGCUGGCUGCGGUGUCAGGUGUGGGGCCUUCGCUCUGUGCCAAAGUGCCUCCAGAGCUCCACAAACACGUCACUGCUGUCUUUUUUUUUUUUUUUUUUUUUUUUUUUUAUUACUUUCUUUUUUCAGGGAGGUUAUCAAACCAAUUUUCUAGUGCCGUCUUUCUUUCUCCCAAUUUUUUACAUGUCUCAACAUUUUUAGUGGUCCAGGAGCCAUUAUUGGCGGGAAUGGGGGAGGGGGCAGGAUGAGGACAAGGAGCAGCCCCUGAACAAUUCACCAUACGUGGGCGUGUUUUUUUAUAUCAAAUAUAUUUAAAGGAUUUAAAAAAAGACUGACUGGGGCAGAUAAUUUACAAAAACAAAAGUAUAAACAAAGGCAGGAGGGGGCGGUGGGCCGGUGGGGGGUGUUGGUGCAUGCUGUGUGUAUGCGUGUGUGCAUGUGUGAGAGAGUUUGUGAGAGUGAGAGGCCUUCGGUUCAACUGUCAGUGCUUUCAAUGUUCAUUGUUUUAUUAUGCUAUCAUGAAUAAAUCAUUCCAUCUGAGUAGA